ACCUAUUAUAGUCAGAAAUGAGGCCAGUUAUGCUGUACAAGCGGACAGGAAUGCUGUGUCGAGUCUGUGUCGGUUUUGUGUACCGGUCCGGCGUUGACUACCAGAGAAAGUGACUACACACCUGUUAGCAUUAUGGACCUUAAUUAUAAUUUGAACGCGAACCUGAACAAUUCUGCUGGCUAUAAUAUGAUGCCGUCUCAACAAAAUGCCGCUGGUACCUCCAUGUGGAUCGGGAGUUACCCGUCUCAGCAGCAGUUGCAGCAGUUGCCUGGGCAGAUGGCGACUAUGAAUAUUGCGGACACAGGAACUAACUAUCUCGAUACUUACAUGGCUUUGUCACAGCAAAAUGGACUGGGUGUGCCCGUUAACGCACCCAACAAGGAUUUUUACGUGACCUCCGUGCAACCCGCGCCGUCGGGUGGUUUUAAUACUACCGUCACGAACAGUAAUAAUUUCCAAGCGGCUUCCAGGCUAACCAACCAACCUUUGUCACCAACGUUAGAUUUUGAAAUGGCACAGGUUCAAAUGAUGACUACAGAACAACAAAUCGCACUUCUGACUGAGUUACAGCGUAAAAACAUGGCAGCUGGGCUAAUUCAGCCACAGUUACCCCCACCGCCGUAUCCAAGCAACCAGCAGCCACCACAGCAAUACGUGGUGGCAAGCAACAUCAGCAGCUCAGCUCCGCUGUCGCCCUCCUCCACGAGUUCCGGGUCGGCUCCUCAGACUCCAACGUCGGAGAGAUAUGGAACUUCUCUGUCUUUCAAAACCAGCUCUCCCGAGAGCACCGGAAGUAACCUACAUCAGCAAUCUUUUACGAUUUCUGAAACAAGUAGUACAACUUCAUCAACGUCAGUGCCUGGAUCACCAACAUGUGGUACGUCAUCUGUAAAUGAUGACGUCAUUGAUUCCCCACGAUACAUGAGAUUGCCGUCAACUCCCGACAGUCCAGCAAAAACUACACAUGCUCCUAUCAGAUCUAAAUCGCUUAAAUUCGAUGUGAAAUUUCCACAGGACAAGUGUCACAAAUGUUUAAAGAAGGUUUAUAAGGUGGAGAGAGUGGGCCCCCUUAAGGGGGCUGUAUAUCACAACACAUGUUUCACGUGCAAGACAUGCAAAACGAAACUAACAUUGAAAAAUUAUCAUUUAAAUCAAAAAGACAAAUAUGACGUUUCUGUUUAUUGCAAAUCACAUCAACCGACUAUAGCGGACAGGGGAGGUCAUCUUGACACCAACUCCAUCCUCAUCAAAGGGGCUAUGAGUGUUCCGAAACUUGAUAUGGUCAAUGAGCAAAUCAAGGGCAACAGCAAUAGCAAGUAUCACAUGGACGCGCAUUCGCUUGACAUUUCUCACGCGCGGAACGUACCCGCCACGGACUUACAGACAGGAAAUAAAAUUAAAGCUAAGGCGUGGAAGAAAAAGGACAGGGCUUUGGACUCCGUUCCCCCACGGGACGUUAUACGUCAUAGUGAUCUAGUGCCGGAGUAUGACUUGGAACAAUACGAACAUGUGCUUGUGGAACAACAGCCGGACUAUCAUGGUGCGCGCUAACUAUAGGGUGAAUGUGUGGUAAAUGUGCUUUAUACGGCUAUCGAAUCUGUAAAGGAUAUAUCUACCCCAGUGUAGGGAACAACGCUUUCAGGUAACCAAUCAAAUAUCGUUAACAAUAAUGGUCUUUUUACGUGGUACGUCUAUUGUACCAUAAUGUGUUUAGCAGCGCCUCGUAUCGGGUAUAUUUUCUACAUAUAUGUAUAAACAUAUAUAUAUAUAUAUAUAUAUAUAUGCCCCUUUACUUACAUAUCACAACUUAAAUGUGACAUGGGUUUAGACUAUUGUGUUAUUUAUUCAUAAUACUCACUCUUUCAAUUUUGAAACACGCUGGUGGUCUAGUUGCAAACAACGUUUCGGACGCGUGGUACGAAUCCGGAAGUGGAGUGGUACGGGUUAGGUUACCAGCAGUGACGUACAGUAACAAAGACGUAAAUAUAAGUAUACCCUAUUUAUAUGAAUCAAAUUAACUCAUCACUUUUCAAUCAAAUGGGAUACCGGUUCAUCGUGCAUUGUAUAAAAAUUAAGUUUAUGUUCAUAUAAAAAUACUCAAAUAUUCCGGUAGUUCAUCAGUAAUUUUUUUUAUAUUCGUUUUGUACAAUAUACCUCUCAUACCCAAUGACAUACUAACUAUGGAAUCUAAACGUGUACACUGUCAUACCGUGUCAACUAAGGUAGACUGCUGGAGAAAAAAGGACGUGGGCAUUGAGUUCUUAAGCAUACAAGGUUACAAACUAAUGUGUCCGGACUAUCCAGGUUUCGGUGUUCAUGAAACUAAAAAACUGGUGUGUUGGUGAUAUCUAGAUGUUUGUGUUCAUACAAUCAAGUGUGUCGAGAAUUUCUAGAUUUUUGUGUUCAUAUAAUCAAGUGUGUUGGUAAUAUCUAAAUUUCUAUGUUCAUAUACACCCUAAUAAGUCCGGACUAUUCAGGUUUUGUGUUCAUACAAACAAGCAUUUCUACAAACUUAUGAGUACGGACUUUCCAGGUUUCAGUAUCCAAACCGUACAACUAUAUAUAUACAGUGUGUAGGGAAUUCUAGAUUGCUGUGCUAUUCAAGAUUCUGCGUAAAUUAAAAAAAGAGCGCCAAGACUAUCCAGCUUUUGAUGUACGAUUAAACGAGAGUCCGGACUAUACGGGUUAACGUGUAUAAUUAAACAAGAGAGUCCGAACUAUACAGGUAACAGUGUACAUUCAAACUAGUGUAUUGGGAAUAUCUAGAUUUCUGUGUUCAAUACACUGUAAUAAAUCCGGACUAUCCUGGUUUCUGUGUUUAUAUAUACAAUCUAAUGUGUUCAGACUACCCAGGACACAAGUGUAUUAUUCCGUAUUUAAAUAAUGUGCAAUUCACGACAUUAGAAAUAAUUGUAUGUUCACAUGGUAUGAUACUCAACUUUCUGAUGAUGCAAUAUGCAGCACUUUAUUAAAAAAAAACAUGAAAGAG